AUGAAAAUAAUAUUGUUAUAUCUCUUGCAUUCGAAUAAGAAGGUUAGAAAUUGUAAUGUGGAUCUGAUAUUGGAAAAGUAUUAUAUAUCUGUAAAUUUUAAUAGAUUUUACGUUAUGAUGCUAAAUCUUUAGGAGAUAGCCGUAUAUUAUUAGUUAUAUAUUAAUUAGAAUUAAAUCAUAAUAAUGGUUUAUUAUGUUGGGCUAAUUAUAAUGGAGCUAUUAAUUGUAAUCAAUUUCUAGCUUAUCUUUAUGAUGAGAGUAUCAAAUUAUUAUUAAAUAAAGAAGACAAAGACAAAUUAUAAAAUUAAUGAAAAAAUCAUUAAAUUUAAAAGUACAAAAAAUGUUUUGGACUCCUUUAAGAUCUGGUUUUGUUGUAAUAUAUUAAACAAUAAAUAAAAAAUAUUAAAAUUUAGUAGAAACAGUAAUGCUGAAAAUAAUCUUUUAAAUUUAUUAAUGUAAAAUUGA